AUGUCCUCUGAUUGGCUGAUGCGCUAUAACACAACAACAUGGAGGACACCGUUUACAGCGCCGCCACCCUCUGCUCACAGGUUUAAAAGCAAGGAGAGCUCGCCAACGGUGAAGGACUCAACCAGUGUGACCAGUUCAAGUGUGACCAGUUUAAAUGUGAGCGGUCCAAAUGUGACCAGUUCAAAUGUGACCGGUCCAAAUGUGACCGGUCCAAAUGUGACCGGUCCAAGUGUGACCACGAACAAACCCGAGCCGCCAACACCAAUUCCUUAUAAAUCUCCAGGACCGUACUUGGUGGAGUACCCCUACGAGUACCACUACACCAUCAACGAGCCAAACAAAUGUCAGCAGAACAAACCCUUCCUGGUUCUGAUGGUUCCAGUGGCGCCCAGCAACAGGGCUCACCGGGACAUCAUCCGCAGCACCUGGGGAAACGAGAGCCUGGUCCAGGGCAAAGCGGUGCAGCUGUUCUUCUUACUGGGGCAGCACAGCGGGGAGGGGGCAGAAAAGCUCCAGGAACAGCUGCUACAGGAGAGCAAGGAGCAUGGAGAUCUGAUCCAGAGCACCUUCCUGGACUGCUACAAGAACCUGACCAUCAAGACCAUGGUGAUGAUGGAGUGGGUGGACUCGCACUGCUCCGGGACCUCGUACGUCAUGAAGAUCGACUCGGACAUGUUUCUGAAUGUGCCCAAACUCAUCAGCAUGCUGCUCAACUCUCCAAAGACAAACUACCUGACCGGACUGGUGGCAAGAGGAGCUGCUGUCCUCCGGGAUCGAAGAUCUAAGUGGUACCUUCCAGCAUCUAUUUAUCCCAGACAGUAUUACCCGCGGUACGCUCUGGGUCUGGGAUAUGUGUUUUCUGUGGACAUGGCUAAAAAACUGGUGGAGGCAUCCAGACACGUGAAAGCUGUUUACAUCGAAGACGUGUACGUGGGACUGUGUAUGCAGCACCUGAACAUACCCCCCACUGACCCUCCGAAUUGGGGUUUCUUCCAUGUUUUUCCUAUGAAGUACAGUCGCUGCGCGUACUCUAAACUCAUCGCCACCACAACCAACAAACAGAUGGACCGAGUCUGGGCUUGGAAGGACUUUAAAAAACCGGGACCACCCUGCUAA